CAACUUUCUUGCUCUUGUCUAUUCGGAUAUUCCACCAUUCCGGAUUCUGCAGCAACUACAUUACACAUUUUCACCUCUCUCGAAUCUGAUCGCAAGUUCAUGGCAGACAAGCUCUGCUGCAUGCUAAUGAGAAUCAACAUCGACUGCAAUGGUUGUUACAGGAAAGUAAAGAGGGCCCUUCUUGAUAUGCGAGAACUGGAGACACAUUUGAUAGAGAAAAAGGAGUGCAGGGUGAGCGUGUAUGGUCGAUUCAUCCCACAAGACGUAGCAAUCAAGAUCAGGAAGAAGACUAAUCGCAGAGUUGAAAUACUCGACAUACAAGAACUUCAGGUCAGCAAUAACACCAAUGACAAUGAGCAAGAAGAUCAACAUCAAGAGCAGAAGAGACCGUUGCUCAGUUCUAACUGGAAUCUCGUAUCCAACAGCUGUGAUAACUGAAUCCAAACUCGUAUACUCAACGAUAAAUAUAUCUAAAAUCGUCUGGUUCCAUUGGAAAUGCAAGUAGGUUACUGGACAAGGAUGGGGAAGCUACUCCCGCGGAACGAAUAGAGAUUGCUGCAUCAUGCUUCUGUAAUCUUCAUUUUUUUUCUAGCUUGCAUUGAUUGUUUGACAAGUAUGUAUAACCAACUGGUAUGUCACGUUGAAUACAAAAUGUUCAG